GCCCCGCUCCGCCGAUCGCAGGGUCCUGCAAACGCGCGGGGCGCUUUCCCCGGAGCUCGGCGGUGCGUGCGAGCGCCCUUUUGCAGCAGCCGCGGCGGCGGCGGCCCGAGGGGGCGGAGAGGAGGGGGCCGUGGCCCGGCGGCCGGGCGGCCGGGGGGCGGCGUACCCCCUCAAAACCGCCUGCAAAGAGCUCGGGGCUGCAGAAGCAGGCCGCCGGCUCCGCGGAGCAAGCCGCUUGUCCCGGGGCUGAACGAGCGCGCCGGGCUGCCAGGCAGCGCCGCGGUUGCUAGUGGGCGCCGGUGCCCUCGGCGCUGGGUUUGGGCUCACCAUGCCCCUGAGGGGCCGGGCUGCCGGGCACAAGCGGAUCCCCGGCUUGCCCCCGCCUCGACGCGCUCGGAUUAGCUGUAGCCGGCACCCAAGGAUUUGAAUCCGGACUCCGGCAGGGAGCGCGCCUAGGCCGACCUCCGAGUGGCGGCCCCGCGGCCAACAUGCUUCGAAAAGGGUGCUGUGUGGAACUAUUGCUGCUGCUGCUGGCUGGGGAGCUGCCCCUGGGCGGCGGCUGCCCGCGUGACUGCGUGUGCUACCCGGCACCCAUGACGGUCAGCUGCCAGGCGCACAACUUCGCCGCCAUCCCCGAGGGCAUCCCGGAGGACAGCGAACGCAUCUUCCUGCAGAACAACCGCAUCACCGUCCUCCAGCAGGGCCACUUCAGCCCGGCUAUGGUCACCCUGUGGAUCUACUCCAACAACAUCACCUUCAUUGAUCCCAACACCUUCGAGGGCUUCGUGCACCUGGAGGAGCUGGACCUUGGCGACAACCGGCAGCUGCGGACGCUGGCGCCGGAGACCUUCCAGGGCCUGGUGAAGCUGCACGCCCUCUACCUCUACAAGUGCGGGCUCAGCGCCCUACCCGCAGGCAUCUUCAGCGGGCUGCACAGCCUGCAGUACCUCUACCUGCAGGACAAUCACAUCGAGUACCUCCAGGACGACAUCUUCGUGGACCUGGUCAACCUCAGCCACCUGUUCCUCCAUGGCAACAAGCUGUGGAGCCUGGGCCAGGACACAUUCCGGGGACUGGUGAACUUGGACCGGCUGCUGCUGCACGAGAACCAGCUGCAGUGGGUCCACCACAAGGCUUUCCACGACCUCCACCGGCUGACCACCCUCUUUCUCUUCAACAACAGCCUGUCGGAGCUGCAGGGCGACUGCCUGGCGCCCUUGGGAGCCCUGGAGUUCCUCCGCCUCAACGGGAAUGCCUGGGACUGCGGCUGCCGGGCGCACUCGCUGUGGGAAUGGCUGCGGAGGUUCCGCGGCUCCAGCUCUGCGGUCCCCUGCGCCUCCCCCGAGGCGCGCCAAGGCCAGGACCUGAAGCUGCUGAGGGCCGAGGACUUCCGGAACUGCACGGGGCCAGCCUCGCCGCACCAGAUCAAGUCGCACACGCUCACCACCACCGACAGGGCCGCUCGCAAGGAGCACUACCCGCCCCGCGGCCCGGCCAGGGACAGGGGCCACCCGCAUGGCCACCUGCCGGGCUCCCGCCCAGGCUACAGGAAGCCCGGCAAGAACUGCACCAGCCACAGGAAUCGCAACCAGGUAUCCAAGGCGGGCGCUGGGAAGCAGGCCCACGAGCUGCAGGACUACGCCCCUGACUACCAGCACAAGUUCAGCUUUGACAUCAUGCCCACCGCCCGGCCCAAGAGGAAGGGCAAGUGUGCCCGCAGGACCCCCAUCCGUGCCCCCAGCGGGGUGCAGCAGGCCUCUUCGGGCAGUUCCCUGGGAGCCUCCCUGCUGGCCUGGAUACUGGGGCUGGUGGUCACUCUUCGCUGAGGACCUGGGCCGCCAGCACCCAGCACUGCCACAGGUCCACCAAGGAACAGAAUCUCUUUUCUUUUUUUGAACAAGCGGAGGGUCUGCUGGGUUUCAGGCAAAGGCUGGUAAAGGCUUCAGCUGCUGUCUGGGCCCUGCCCCGUGGAUUAUAAAACCCAAAGUGUACAGCCCCAAAGUGGGAAGGGCAUCACAUCCAGCUGUCCCGGCCAGGCCCUGGCAAGCGCCCGCAGACAGCAUCCAUCCAGCAAGGCAGUUAAAGCACGCAAAAUGAAUCCUUCAUUAGCAACAAUGGGACAGUGCCCCCUGCCCCCCCCCCCCCCAGGAGCUAGGCUCUGUGGAAUCCCAGUCACUGGAGAGGUCUGAAGGGCCCUGCCAAUCCUGGAGGAAGCGAGACUCAGAGGAGAACAGACGAGGCUCACCCAAGAGGCUGGGUGGUCCAGCCAUCUGGGAGCACAGGAGCAGGUGGCAUUUUGGCCCUUGCCUGAGGCCACAGAGUCAACCUGUCCUCACUCCAGCCCUUAGUCUCUCACCCCGGGGGGAACGCCUCUCAUUCCUGAUGUCUCAGGCAACCCUGGCAGACCCAGGCCCAGCUGCUGGGCUCCAAGAACCAAUUACCAAAGGAAAGAUCAUCAGAGGCUGAAAUUCAGAACUGCAUCAAAUGCAGUGAGGCUCUCACAGGAGGUGCAGUUAUAACUUGACUUGUAACUAAACUUGACUUAUAACUUGACUUAUAACUAAGUCAACUUAUAUAUAUAUACAUGUAUAUAUAUAUAUAUAUAUACACACACACUGUCCACACACAUGCACAGGGCCCCUCCCCACCCCCUACCAAAUUGUAUGUCUUCUCAUGUUUAUAAACUAUACAGAAAACUAUAUCUGUUGAACUAAGGGUUGUAUUGGUGAUUUCUAGCAAGAGAAGAGUUGUAGGGUUUUUGUCUAGAAUCCCAACCUGGCAAUGACAGUCCCCGUCAUAACCUGGUCUUGGCAGGAUCUAGGGCAAAGUGUCAAUGGGAAGGGCCAGGGAGAAGAAGGGGAGGCAGCAAGAAUCACUUCAGGGGACCAAUCUUCUUCGAUGUUUAGAGCAUCGCCUUGUUUUUAUAUGCAACACAAGUCCGGCUGCCACCCCAGAGCACCCCAUCACCCCCACUGUACCAGGGGUCGUUGUCAGAGGCGAGAAGUGAGAAGCAGCUCAUGGGACAUCAGGGAGCCAGGCCCUAGGGGAGAGCUUGAUGGAGAAGGGAACCAGGAGGGGCUCUGGGUCUUUUUUUUUUUUUUGCGACGGGCAGGCAGCAACCACAGUGUUAGCCCAAGAGGCUGGGCAGUGUCAUCGUCCGUUGGCCUAGCAUUUUUGCCAGUGAUGGUCUGGACAGGCUGGGGAAACUCCGGGCAUGAGCCCAGGACUCCAGCACAGCUCAGCUGCUGAAUUUUUCCUUGAGGCUCUUUGAUGGCCAGCCCAGCAAGAGUCCUGUGCUCGGUGGCAGGAGGGAAAGCAUCAGGUGGCCUUAGCAGAAGGGGAACAAAGAGGGCAUUUCAAGAACCAUCUCAGGCAUUUCUGCGUUACGGAGGCCCCCUCCCUCCUGACCCUUCUGAAGAUGCCCAGGGACCUGCGGCGGUGGCGGAGGGGGCCAGACUCAGGGGUCAAGAGUGGGGAUGUGUGCAGGGCAUGGAACAGGCAAGCCCAGUCAGGGGACAGCGGCUCCAGUCAAGGUUGGCCAUGCUGCCGGCCAGGGCCCCGCUGGGUACCAUCUCCUCUGAGCUCUGCCCAAACCUGAAUUCCCCACCAGAGAGGAUGUGUGUGAGGAGCAAGAAACACCGAAUCCAAUGAAAAGAGAAAAACAAUAAUAAAAAAAUUUCUCUUGGACAAGAACCCUGUUUCUCAUUUCCUAACCCUACAUUCCUGAAGUGGUGGCAGAUCGCAGGCUUUUGUGGGGUGGGCGAGCCUGGCCGGGCACAGCGUGUUUGCUGGCGGGAGGAGCCAUAUGGGGCAGGGGCACGCUGACUCACUGGGAUGCCUGUGUGCACACACAUGCGAACACACGCACACACACACACACACGUUCUCCGUUCUAGGGUUCUUCCCUCACCCUCACGGAACAUGACUCACUUCCCACACCCUGGCUGUGGAUCGGCCCAGUCUCUGCGGCUCUUUCUGGACCAGGCUGGUCCAGGGUCCUUCCUGGCUGGUUCCCAAAAGCCGCACCCGCGGCAGCUGAGCUGUGGAUUCUUCAGGGCCUCAGGAGUGGCCGGAAGGGAGCUGCCAGUUCCUGGGGCCCAGAGGGCUUCCCAGGAGGCCAGGGAUCCACUGAGACAGCAGCAGAGAGGGUCUGGGGGCUGCACCUGCCCCUCUCGCUUCAGAGAAAUGAGGCAGUUCUCUCCUCAGUAGAGAGGGGAGAGCUGGGUUUUCAGGUGGGACUGAACAAUCUUCCUCUGUACAAGGCUUGAAACCUGCACUAACAGGAGCGCGGGGAUGGCAGAGCAAAACACAUGCUCUCCCGCUGCCCGCCUGCUCUUCCCCAGGCCGGUGCCGGGGCCUGGCUGUCCCUCGGAACCCGAGGAUGUUGUCCUGUUGUUGAUUUCAUUUCCAGCGUCAGACAGCAAAGCCCUCAGUGGGAAAAUCAAGAGUCCAAACACUUUAUUAAAUUUUUUUAAACAGACUUAGUAAGUCCUGCAAUAUGAAAGUGAAAUGUCAGUACAAGAAAUGCUAAUGUUUUAUAAAUGACCGCCUCUGUCAAGUGCAGCUCGGUCUCUGGCUGCCGAUUGUUAUUAGAGGCAAGGCAGAGGGGCCCAGGACGGCGGGUGUAUUUUUAGCAGCUUUCUCCUCUAAGAGGUAGCGGGAAUGAAAGCGGCUCUAUCGUGAAUGACAUCACUUGUCACUCAGCAGCUCACAGGCCACACAGGAACGAUGGCACCAUUGCCCAAAGCACCAGAGCAAGUUGACAAGCCAGGGGCUAGACCUCUCUGGUCACCAGACGCAGCAUUCCUCCUGGGUGGGUUAGGGCCUGGAGAUGUGGCUUCUUGCCCCUGGGAAUCCUGUCCUCCUCCUCUGUUCCUAACAGGGUCACCCCUCUGCCAUCUUCGCUCAGCUCUUUCCCUUCAACAAGUGCUGAUCAAAGGCCUACAUGUGCCCGCCGUUGGCGCAGGCUCUUGGGACAUAAAAGUGGGAAGAUGUGACUCUCCUAUGAGGAGUGCAAGGCUAGAUGUGGAAACAGGUAUGUGAUUGGUGCCUCUGGUAGUGGCCCUUCCCCCACCAUGAGAAAGUCAACUGAGGUGAGGACAGUCCAGGAGGACUUCCAGGUGAGGGUGACACCUGAUGGCUCUAACAGGAUGAGGAGGUGGCCAAAGAAGAGUGCGGGGAGUAUUCGAGGCAGAAGGCUGGAGGGUUAACAGCAGCAUCGUGCUGGUUUGGGAUAUCGGCAGAGAGCUAGGAGUUGAGGACUGGGAACCCUGUGAGGGGUGGUGGGCGUGGGAGGCGAGCCUGGCAAGGAGAAGGUUGGGGGAACCCUACUCAGGGACUUGGCCUUGACUCUGCAGUGGCGGUACGGCUCCCCUCUGCGGUCUUCUUCCCUACCCCACACCCCCAGCGUCUUUCCGAGCACGCGUCCCCACUCGUGGCGUGCUUGCCAAUGUUCCUCAACAGUGGGUUUCAUCAUCCUAACUUGCCUCUUCUGCUCAGCCAGAUCCUUCCCUCGUGCCAGCAUGCUGGAGCGCUCCCUGGAAAUCUGCCUGGGCCACAGUCCCAUUCCCAGACACCUGCUGCUUCCAGGCCCGGAAAGUAUCCCAGAGCCGUUUUACCCCCCGUGCUUCCUCCUUUCCCCUCCACGCAGGGCUCAGACCUCAGCCCCUCCCUUGCCUCCAGGCUUGCCACCGCUACCUGUGCCCCCUUUGGCUGACCCCUGGCAACCCCCAGAACCCUCCAGACAUCAUCUCCCCCUUAUUUUCUCCUGCUAGGGGCUGUUCAUUACCAGGGAGCCAAGAAUCCCAUUUAGCAAAUGUUUACUUGUCACCUAACUAAUCACCCAGCACUCUGCCACUGUGAUGAACGCGAUUCUAGAAGGCCUAUUGGCAAGUUUGAGAGAGCCAGGGAGUGGGGGGGUGGGCAGGAAAGCUUCUUGGAGGACAAGAGGCAGGGCCCAGGGGUCAGAGAGAGCAAGUUUGCUGGGAGGGCUCCCUGGGCCCGGCAGCAAAUCUCUCCAAGGCUCACCAACUGCCCAGGCUGUCCCCACAUGUCACUGGCCAGAACUCACCUCCAGGACCCGGCUCCUCAGGGCCCUACUCCAGCUCGACCUGGAGGAUGCCAGCCUUUCCCUUUGCACAUUGUUUGAUUGACUGAAGUCCGUGUACAUUUCGACUGGAUCCGGGUCAAGCCAUGCUGCUGAGCCCGCUGACCCAGCCGUGGUGACAUUCUGGCUCGUCUCCUCCCAGUUUGGCUCUCCGGACUCACUUUCCUCCAGUGGGAGUUUCACACAUCAGCCGUUGUUCCACCCUGUGUCACCGAUCCCCCACUAUCAGCUUGUAAUGGGCCAAUUUUCUUAUACCUUCUGUCUACUUGGAAACUAUCUUAAGAACCCUUUGAUUGCACAUUAAAAUAUCUUUUACA